CCAUCCCCCACCCAGUCACCAGUCCAGGACCUGCUGCAGCUUGAGCUGGGGUAGCGGAGCUGGGUGGGGAGGGGAGCCGGGCAGGCGACCCAAGAGACAGCGGUGCCGCGGCCUCUCCCCACCAGGCGGGCCCGGAUCUCACUAGACACCUGGAGGGCACACGAGCCGCACCUCUAGAGUCACCGCGCGCUGAUCCCUCCCCUCUUCUCUAGAUUUCUUCCCAUCUUUAUCUUCCCCACCCUUACCCCGCUCUGGACCGCCGUCCUCCCUGCACUCUCAGGCCGUCCAUUCUCGGCGCCCCACCUCCCUAGGGAGAUGCGAUGAGCCGGCGCCCCCGUGUCCUCACCACCACCCCGGGCACGGUGCCCGCCUGGUGCCAGUGGUGGGGAGGGUGCACCCUGCGGCCCCUCCGUGACACCCCUCCCUUGGGGUCCCCCUCAGCUGGCGUCCCAGGGCCACGUCCCAGGGGACCCAGCCAGGGGGUGGGCUCUAGAGCGAGGAGGGUGGAGAAGAGAAAGGACGGGGCCUUGGGCGCCUCUGAGAUGCUCCCAAGCGCCAGGGCGGGCCGAGAGAGGUGUAAGCAACGGGGCGGCAGGCAUGAUGCCCUCGCCUAGUGACUCAAGCCGCUCUCUGACCAGCCGGCCCAGCACCCGGGGCCUUACCCACCUCCGCCUCCACCGUCCCUGGCUGCAGGCUCUGCUCACGCUGGGACUGGCCCAGGUACUCCUGGGCAUCCUGGUGGUCACCUUCAGCAUGGUGGCCUCCUCCGUCACCACCACCGAGAGCAUCAAGAGGUCCUGCCCAUCUUGGGCUGGGUUCUCGAUCUCCUUCUUCUCUUUGCUUUCGGUGCUCUGUGUCAUGCUUAGCAUGGCUGGCUCUGUUCUAUCUUGUAAGAAUGCUCAGCUGGCCCGAGACUUCCAAGACUGUUCCAUGGAAGGAAAGGUCUGUGUGUGCUGCCCCUCUUUUCCUCUUCACCGGCCCUGUCCAGAGUCCGGGGAGGAACUGAAAGUUGCCCCUAACUCUACCUGUGAUGAAGCCCGAGGGGCCCUCAAGAACCUGCUCUUCAGUGUCUGCGGGCUCACCGUCUGUGCCACCAUAAUUUGUACCCUGUCUGCUAUCGUCUGCUGUAUCCAAAUCUUCUCUCUGGACCUCGUGCACACGCAACUGGCCCCUGAGCGCUCAGUCUCAGGCCCCCUGGGGUCUUUGGGCUGUGCGUCUUCACCCCCAGCCCCUCUUCUACACACCCUGCUGGACUUGGAGGAAUUUGUACCACCUGUGCCCCCACCGCCCUACUAUCCCCCAGAGUAUACCUGCAGCUCCGAAACAGAUGCACAGAGCAUCACCUACAAUGGCUCCAUGGACAGCCCUGUGCCCUUGUAUCCUACUGAUUGCCCCCCUUCUUAUGAGGCUGUCAUGGGGCUACGAGGAGACAGCCAGGCCACUCUCUUUGAUCCUCAGCUUCACGAUGGCUCCUGCAUCUGUGAAAGAGUGGCUUCCAUUGUAGAUGUGUCCAUGGACAGCGGGUCUCUGGUGCUGUCAGCCAUCGGUGACCUCCCUGGGGGCUCCAGCCCAUCAGAGGACUCGUGCCUACUGGAGUUGCAGGGUUCUGUACGCUCUGUUGACUACGUGCUCUUCCGCUCCAUCCAGCGCAGCCGUGCCGGCUACUGCCUCAGCCUGGAUUGUGGCCUGCGGGGCCCCUUUGAAGACAGCCCCCUUCCACGGCGGCCCCCUCGGGCUGCCCGCUCCUAUUCCUGCUCUGCCCCGGAAGCUCCCCCGCCCCCAAUAGGUGCCCCCACGGCUGCUCGCAGCUGUCACCGGCUGGAGGGCUGGCCACCCUGGGUAGGACCUUGCUUCCCUGAGCUGAGGCGGCGGGUCCCCCGGGGAGGCAGCCGGCAGGCAGCGACUAUUCCCACCCGAGCCCCCACUCGACGCUUCAGCGAUAGCUCAGGAUCCCUCACCCCACCGGGGCACCGGCCACCUCAUCCGGUUUCCCUACCACCACUGCUGCUGCCUCGGUCCCACAGCGACCCGGGCAUCACCACCUCCAGCGACACCGCUGACUUCAGGGACCUAUAUACCAAAGUGCUUGAGGAAGAAGCUGCUUCCGUUUCCUCUGCAGAUACAGGGCUUUGCUCUGAAGCCUGCCUCUUCCGCCUAGCCCGAUGCCCUUCCCCCAAGUUGCUGCGUGCCCGCUCAGCAGAGAAACGUCGCCCUGUGCCCACCUUCCGGAAGGUCCCCUUGCCAUCGGGCCCUGCACCUGCCCACUCUCUGGGGGACCUGAAGGGCAGCUGGCCAGGCCGGGGCCUGGUCACUCGUUUCCUCCAGAUGUCCAGAAAGGCCCCAGAUCCCAGUGGGAAUGGAACCCAUAGGCAUAAGCAGGUACCCCGAACUCCAUGGGGCCGGCCAGGCCGAGAGAGCCUCCACCUUCGAAGCUGCGGUGAUCUAAGCUCUGGCUCCUCCCUGCGACGCCUCCUGUCUGCCCGGCGGCUGGAGCAUGGUACCCGUCCCCACAGUCUCAGCCUCAAUGGGGGCAGUCGUGAGACUGGGCUCUGACCUAAGCUCCUUGCCAUACUGAACAGAUCCAGAUGAUUGCUGGGGUCACAGGCACCAGCUGGUUGGGACCAGUAGCCUCCAGGACCCUCUAGUACUAGCUGGCACAAAAAGAAACCCGCUGAACACCCCCAAAAGUGCCCCUUUCCUCCUACCUCUGGGGGGGCUCCUGCUGCUUGCCUCUGUUCCUUCUAGCAGAGGGCUUUUGUCCCCUGUGCAGCAUGGGUAUUCAAGCUGGGGUAUAGGGAGGCACCCCUGCUUAUUAUCAUUGGAGAAAGAAAACUAAUCAACUUCUGUGCCCUGGGCAUAAGAGGCUUUCUGAUUCACCUGAGGCACUGUGGCCAGGAAAAAGACAUGUCCUGGGUGUCUAGACAUAGGGGACGGUGUGCCUUUGCAAUGGGGUGGUGAGGCAUGAAAAGUCAGGAUCACCUGGUUGGCCUCCCAGCUCUGCCACCUCGAGCUGCAUGACCUUGGGCAAAUUAUUUAACCUCAAUCGCCUGAUCCAUAAAACAUUGUGAGGAUGAUUGUUUGUAAAGCUCUUAACACAACUAAGUAAGCCUUCAAUAAAUUUCAAUUUUCCGCCUCUCUCUUGGAUCA